AUGUGUGGUAUAUGGGCUCUACUCGGCGGGCAUCUAACACAUACUCAUGAAACCGAAUUUCUGAAAAUUGCUGGACGUGGACCGGAUCUUACAGUCCUCGCCAACGUUCAGCCAACAGUAUGGCUGGGUUUUCAUCGUCUAGCUAUUGUAGAGCCGGGUAAUGUUGCAAGUGUACAACCAAUUGUCUACAAUGAUCUGUCGGUUGUCUGUAAUGGAGAGCUCUAUAACCACGAAGAAUUGAAAAGCAGAUGCCCGUUGGAUGGUAUCCGUAACGGAGCUUCAGACUGUGCAGCUAUUAUCCAUUCAUUUAUCUUCUUCAAAGGCGAUUUACGUAAAACAUGCGCCUCCCUAGAUGGCGUUUUUGCAUUUCUUAUGGCCGACAAACAUAACUUAUAUAUUGGUAGAGAUCCAAUUGGUGUACGACCAUUGUUCUAUGGACAUACUGCUUCAGGUGCCUUAGUGCUUGGUUCAGAAGUAAAAUCAGUUGAGAAGCUAUGCGAGCGAGUUUUGUAUUUUCCGCCUGGUUGUUGCGCAACAGUACCCAUUGGUUCAAAAUCCGAAAGCCUCAAUAUUCAGCAAUAUUACGUAUUACCGUGUUUAGCAGACAGAAUUUUACCAGUUAAUGAAAUACAGGCAAUGAUACGACAGACAUUAAUUGCUGCUGUACAGAAACGUUUAAUGGGGAAUCGCCAAUUUGGUUUUAUGCUCAGUGGUGGAUUGGAUAGCUCAUUGGUUGCCUCAAUUGCAUCAAGGAUGCUUACCGAGUGUCGUCCAAUUGCCUUCAGUGUUGGUUUUGAGGAUUCACCAGAUAUUGAAAAUGCAAGGGCAGUUGCCAAAUUUUUAGACAUUGAACAUCGAGUUCUCGUAAUAACACCAGAACAGUGUAUCAAACUUAUUCCAGGUGAAGGUGCUGAUGAACUGUUUGGUUCGUAUGCCUAUAUGCAACAUGCUCCAUCAGCUGCACAUUUACAUCGUGAAAUUUUACGUCGUCUGAAACUGUUACAUCACUACGAUGUACUUCGUUGUGAUCGGGCCACCUCAUGCCAUGGUCUGGAAAUUCGUGUACCAUUCUUGGACAAAAAAUUUAUCGAUCUUGUUGUCCGUUUACCAGCUUCACAUAAAAUAGCACCGGGUAAAAUUGAAAAAGAGAUUAUACGUAGCGCAUUUGUUGGCUGGUUACCCGAAGAGGUACUGUGGAGAAGUAAAGAAGGCUUUUCUGAAGCACUUGGUAAAACUGAUCUUGGUGAUAUUGUACGACGACAUGUAGACAGUCUAAUAAGCUCUGAACAAUUUGAGGAACAAGUUAAGCUGUAUCCAGAUAGAACACCAGAGACCAAAGAAGAACUGUGGUAUAGAAUAUUGUUUGAAAAUAUUUAUUCAUUCAAGAAAGUUGAAUCAACAAUUCACACCAAAGUUUACAGGUCAGUUAUCUCUGUUGCUUUUUUCUUCUUUUUAUCUUUCUUCUCUUCACUGUAAUU